AGGUCAAGCCCCUGCUGCGCACCGUCCAGAGCAUCCGCGCAGAGCCACAUAUUCGAACGCGCCACUCGCCCUUUCUUUCUCACCUCAACUCGCCAUGACCGCACCUCGCUCGGUCGCCGUCGUCGGCGGCGGCAUCAUCGGUUCCUCGACCGCCUUCUUCCUCGCACGCCUCGCCCGCACCAAGGGCAUCAAGGUCGACAUCACCCUCGUCGAGGGCAGUGCCGUCGCCGCAGGUGCCAGUGGCAAAGCCGGUGGCCUCCUCGCUCUCGACUGGCACGGACCCGCGACCGCCUCGCUCGCCGCCCUGUCGUACAAGCUCCAUGCCGACCUCGCCAAAGAGUUCGACGGCGCGGCCAAGUACGGCUACCGCCAGCUCGACACGCUCUCCGUCUCGGCCGACUUCAACGCCGCGAGUGGCAAGGCCGCACGCCAAAAGCGCCUCAAGGGCGCCGACCUGUUCCCCUGGUUGAACCACGACCUCGUCACCUCGUCCGACAUUCUCGGCAGCAAGGACACGACGGCGCAGGUCCACCCGGAGCAGUUCACGCGCCACCUCGUCUCGGAGGCCCAGGCGCUCGGCGUCCGCCUCGUGUACGGCUCCGCGACGGGCCUCACGCGCACCUCGUCGGGCCGCUACACGCUCUCGCUCGACCCGCUCGACGAGGGCGCCGUCCUCGCCCCCUCGGCGCCCAACAGCAACACGCCCGUCGCCGUGCGCGCCUCGGCGCCGUGCCCGCCGUCGCUCGACGUCGACCAGGUCGUCGUCGCCGCCGGCCCGUGGACGGGCAAGCUCCUCGCGACGCUCGGACUCGCGACCAAGGCGGGCAGGGCGGCCGACAUCGAGGGCAGCAGGGCGCACUCGGUCGUGCUUCGGACGGCCGAGGGGCGCGACUUGCCCGCCCAGGCGCUGUUCACGAGCAUCAAGGAGAAGAGCGGCCACGCCGAGCCCGAGAUCUACAACCGCCCAGACGGCACCGCCUACGCCUGUGGCCCGACCGACUCGUCCCCUCUGCCCUCGCACGCCUCGUCCGUCACCGUCGACAAGGCGGCCAUCGCGCGCCUCGUCGCCCAGACGGCGCAGCUCUCGCCGUCGCACCUGAGCAAGGAGGCCGGCGUCACGGUCGAGCGCGAGCAAGCGUGCUACCUCCCUGUCGGCAGCGGUGACCCUGUGCUCGGCCGGAUCGAGGGCGAGGGCGACAAGGGGGUGUUCGUCGCUGCGGGGCACAGCUGCUGGGGCAUCUGCAACGGUCCCGGCACGGGGCAGGUCAUGGCCGAGCUCGUCCUCGACGGCAAGGCGUCGAGCGCCGACAUUCGGCGUCUCGGGCCUUGA